GAUUAUAAAAUCAUUAUACGAUAAAUUUAAAUAAAAAUGAUAAAAUCAGUGAAUGAUGGAGUGGCCAGUUGUGAGUGACCCACCAUGGAGACCGGACACUUGCUCGUGGUGUGUGCGGCCGUGCUGGGCGCGGUGCAGGCGGGGCAGCACGACAUCUACUCGGGGCAUUCUGUGUACGGAGUACAUGUGCGGAGUAAAGCACACCAGAUGCUCCUUCAUGAUCUGGAGCCAAUCCUGGACCUGGACGUGUGGCAGCACGGCAUCGUCUCGGAGAGAGAAGCUUUCAUCAGAGUGGCUCCUGAGAACAAGGAACUUUUCCUGAACGCUUUGGAAGAAGAGGGAAUAGAACACUACGUCCACCUGGAAGAUGUUGCUCAGGACUUAGAAGAGCGCGACAAUGAGCUGAAGUCGUGGAGGGCUUCGAAACAAAAUAGAAUGGCCUUCGAGGACUACCCCCGACAUGAAGAAGUUAAUGCGUACAUGGACAGGAUUGCUCUCCAGCACCCCGACCUGGCCACCGUUGUCACAGCUGGUAAGAGCUUUGAAGGACGCGACAUCAAGUACAUUAAGAUUUCAACAAGCAACUUUGAAGACAGUAGCAAACCUAUCUACAUGCUGACUGCGAUGAUCCACGCGCGCGAGUGGGUCACCACUCCAACCCUCCUGUACUCCAUGCAUCGGCUGGUGGAGAACUUGAGGAGUCAGGACCAAGACCUGCGGGAGGAUAUCGACUGGAUCAUCAUGCCGCUACUCAACCCUGAUGGCUACGAGUACUCACAUACGACCGAACGUCUUUGGCGAAAGACAAGGUCAUACAGACCUGAAUUCAACGACACAUGCUGGGGUGUGGACGGCAACAGGAAUUACGAUUCCGUAAACUUCGGUGUGAUUGGGGCUAGCAGUGAUCCCUGUAAUGUUACCUACCCUGGACCUGAACCCUUCUCUGAAGUGGAGACUGCUUACGUCCGAGACGUUUUGCUGGAACAUGUGGACAGGAUCCAAUUAUUCAUGGAUGUUCACAGUUUCGGCAAUUAUAUAACAUAUGGCUAUGGCGACGGUACGUUGCCACCGAAUGUGGUAGAGCUGCACCUGAUGUCUUCAGUGAUGGGGUCAGCUAUAGACGUGCACAAACUGCCCGAGGCUAAUUUCUAUAGAGUGGGCAACAGUGGCAUCUUGAUGUACCCCACCGCUGGCUGCGCUCAGGACUACGCUCAGUCUAUUGGCGUUCCCUUCUCGUUGACACUGGAGCUACCAAGUUACGGGCAACGCUUCGAGGUCUCUCCGCAGUACAUCAACCACAUAAACGAGGAGACGUGGCAAGGCAUCGCGGCCAGCGCCCGCGUCGCUCGCACGUUCUAUAAGGCAAGGACGAGCGCUCCUACUACCGAUCGUCCUACAGACCCUUCUACUGAUUCCUCUACAAAUGAACCUACCGACUCCUCUACAUAUGACCCUACCGAAUCCUCUACAUACGAUCCGACCGACUCCUCUACAUAUGACCCUACCGAAUCCUCUACAUACGAUCCGACCGACUCCUCUACAUAUGAACCUACCGAAUCCUCUACAUACGAUCCGACCGAUUCCUCUACAUAUGAACCUACCGAAUCCUCUACAUACGAUCCGACCGAUUCCUCUACAUAUGACCCUACCGAAUCCUCUACAUACGAUCCGACCGACUCCUCUACAUAUGAACCUACCGAAUCCUCUACAUACGAACCGACCGAUUCCUCUACAUAUGAACCUACCGAAUCCUCUACAUACGAUCCGACCGAUUCCUCUACAUAUGAACCUACUGAAUCCUCUACAUACGAACCGACCGAUUCCUCUACAUAUGAACCUACCGACUCCUCUACAUAUGAACCUACCGAAUCCUCUACAUAUGAACCUACCGAAUCCUCUACAUACGAUCCGACCGAUUCCUCUACAUAUGAACCUACCGACUCCUCUACAUAUGAACCUACCGAAUCCUCUACAUAUGAACCUACCGAAUCCUCUACAUACGAACCGACCGAUUCCUCUACAUAUGAACCUACCGACUCCUCUACAUAUGAACCUACCGAAUCCUCUACAUACGAACCGACCGAUUCCUCUACAUAUGAACCUACUGAUUCCUCUACAUAUGAACCUACCGACUCCUCUACAUAUGAACCUACCGAAUCCUCUACAUACGAUCCGACCGAUUCCUCUACAUAUGAAUCUACCGACUCCUCUACAUAUGAACCUACCGAAUCCUCUACAUACGAACCGACCGAUUCCUCUACAUAUGAACCUAUCGACCCCUCAACAAACGAACCUAUCGACCCCUCUACAAACGAACCUAUCGACCCCUCUACAAACGAACCUAUCGACCCCUCUACAAACGAACCUAUCGACCCCUCUACAAACGAACCUAUCGACCCCUCUACAAACGAACCUAUCGACCCCUCUACAAACGAACCUAUCGACCCCUCUACAAACGAACCUAUCGACCCCUCUACAAACGAACCUAUCGACCCCUCUACAAACGAACCUAUCGACCCCUCUACAAACGAACCUAUCGACCCCUCUACAAACGAACCUAUCGACCCCUCUACAAACGAACCUAUCGACCCCUCUUCAAACGAACCUACCGACCCCUCUACAAACGCACCUACUGAUUCUCCUUCCAAUCCUCCUAUUAAUCCUUCUCCCAGCUGGUGGUGGUGGUGGUGAUAUAUCUCUGAGGGAAGUGGAAUACUCGCUACUCGACUUAAAUACUAGAGUGCGAACUGGGCAUAUGGGAUUGAUAUGAAAGUAGUCAACUAGCUAGAAUAUUGGUGUUAUAAUUGCCGCCUAUUUUAGUCAAAGGUUCCAGAAAAUAAAUUAUUGGUUUCUAUGAACAUUUUCCUUUACAAAGUCGACUUUCUACAAAACAAUUAUUUUGUACGUAAUCCAACAUUGUUCGCUUAUUAUCAGGAAGGAAUGGUGUGAUGUGUGAUAAUUAUGUAAAUGUAUCUAUCGAUAAAGAUAGACAAGUACACUAAUAAGGUUAUCACUGAAUCGCAUAUCAGAAGUGAAUCUCAAGUCGAUGCAAUCGAUGAAUUAAUAUUAAUUAAUUAUAUCACGGAAUAAAACUGGCCGUCUUUACUCCGGACGGCAUCAAUUUCAUUUACAAAUGGUAUUUAUGAUUUUAAAAGUAGUUCUUUAAACGGUUAAUCUAGUUUCUCCCGUUUGUGUGUCUGGUCUAGUAAUUGGGAUUAUACCCCCUUCUCUGACGUCAGUUCGAUCUGAUAUUUUGGCAUACAUUAAUAUUCAUGACAUAUAAUGUAAGCUAUUUUUUUUCAAAACUCCCUCCAUUAUUGAUAUCAAACAAAAGGGUUUGAUUGGUCGAAUAGAGUUCAUUAAAACCGUUUAACAUAAAUAUCACAUUUAUGGAAUGACUUUUUUUAAAUAUAGUCUAAUUAUUAUAAUUGUUUCAAAGCAGCCAUUAAAAAUAAUGCAAUAGUUAUUUGCUCAUGUUCUAUUCGUACAAUUUGUGAUACAUUGGUGCAGUGGGUUUUUUUUUAUAUAAGAAUAGAAUUUAAUCACUACAGAUAAAAUUGAUUAUAUAAGGAAAUUGUGAUUAAUUAAAAAUGGAGAUUUUUAUAAUGACAAGGUAUAGGUAUCAAAAAUAAUAGUUUUUUUCUUUGGAAUCUUUAGGCCAAAUACGGUUCAGUGGUUGAAAUGUCCAUCCCAUAAGGCUAGAUGACUAUUUUAUGAUGUACAAGUAUCUUUCUCGUGUAUGUAUAACAAAUAUUUAUUCUCUUACACUAUUUUAAACAUUUUUGUGAUUUAGUCGUAGUGAAGAAUACGAAGUGAUGUAUUAAAAUAAUAAUAAUAUGAAUGAUGAUAUUA